AUGUCGGGCGGCAACGCGUCGAAGAGCAAGGUCCGCUCUUCCAAACGCCAGGAGGGUUGGGAGGAAGCCGGUGGAGAAUUCUAUCAGGAACUUUACCCGGGGGGCGAACAAGAACUCUUCGAGAACCUCCAGAGAGCCGACGCCACCAAGCUAGCGACCCUCCUGCCGUCGAAGCAGGCGAGAAACACGACAACAGUUAAAAGGGGAAGAUCGCAGAAUGAGAGGCGGCAAUCCACCUUCGCUCGGACCACACAGAGCCGGGAUAUACACCUAUCCAUGCUCCCUGAUCUGUCCGAGAACCUGUCUAACGAGGAGCGCAGUUGGGAAGAGAUCAUGCAGAUCAAAGCGAUGCCGGUGCCCAUGAGCCAGAAACGAGAAUUGAAGGCGCGACUACAGAACGCGACCAAACUCCGCCUCCAAGGUCUGGAGCAGCUGCAGUGGCGGCAGCGGAAGGUCUGGCACCGUUUCAGGUCGCGCCUCGGCGAGGUGCUGGCCAAGCUGGGCCUCUGGCACGGCUCCAUGAGGGUCAUCGAGGGCAAGUUCGGCACCGGCGUCGUCUCCUACUUCCUCUUCCUCAGGUGGCUCCUGUUCCUCAACGUGGCGAUGUCCGCCCUGACGCUGUGCUUCCUCAUCGCGCCCAACUCCUUGCUGUACGAGUGUUUCGGUAAUCACAACGCCACCGCCGGCUGCCCCGAUCUGGGCAACUCCUCCGGCAACGUCGUCCUAGACUUCAUCCAGGGCACCGGCUGGAUGGAGGGCUCCGUUCUGUUCUACGGAAUGUACAGCGACCAGGUGCUAGUCUACGAGCUGCCCAAUUUCCUCGGCACGAUGGGCUACAACAUGCCGCUGGCGUACAUCCUGGUGCCGAUCACGUGGGCCCUCCUCUCCCUGGUGGCGGUCGUGACCGCCGGCGCGAAGGGCUUCAAGGAGCGGCUGGUGGAGAGCGAGGGCCAGUUCUACCUCUACUGCAACCUGGUCUUCGGCGGCUGGGACUUCUGCGUGCACAACGCCAAGUCGGCCAAGAUCAAGCACGUGGCACUGUUCAACGAGAUCAAGGGCUGUCUGCAGGAGGAGUUGUACAAGGAGGAGAAGCAGUCGCGGACCAGGGAGGGCACCCUGCUACUCCAUCUUCGCAGGGUGCUGAUAAACGCGUUCGUUCUCCUCAUACUGGUGGUGUCCGGCGUGAUCAUCUACUUGGCGUUCAGCUUCUCCACCAGCUCUCUGUACCCGUUCACGGGGGAUCUGACGACUGCGGGCCCGAACGAGACCUACGCGGAGGACCUGGCCUCCGCGCCGUCCAGGAGCCAGAUCCGGAACACGUUGCUGGGGUUCCUCCCUUACAUCUGCAUCGUCGUUUUGAAUCUCUUCGUGCCAGAGGUCUUCGGCUAUUUGAUAGGCUACGAGGGCUACAGGCCCCGACACGAGAUCCUGAUCACUCUGCUGCGGACGGUGCUGCUGCGUUUGGCCUCUUUCGCGGUCCUCCUCAGCCAGGUGUACAUGCAGGUGAGGGGCGUCCUCGGGCCGGAGUUCCUGAUGACGUUCCUCGUGAACUUCCCCAGGUCCUUCCUCGGCCGCCACUCGAACGGCUGCCUGAAGAUCAUCGGCACCCAGGGCUUCUACCUACCCAAGCACGUGCUCGACAUCGUCUACAUCCAGACGAUAAUCUGGAUGGGCGCCUUCUUCUGCCCCUUCCUGCCGAUAAUCGGCGUCGUCUUCUACUUCCUCCUGUUCUACAUGAAGAAGUUCAACUGCCUGGUCAACUGCACCCCCUCGCCGGUGGUGUACCGCGCGUCCAAGUCGAAGUCGCUCUUCAUGUCUGUGCUGCUGGUCGGUUUCGUGAUAUCCGUCGCGCCGGUGGCGUACAGCGUGGCGGAGAUGCCACCGUCGGCGGGAUGCGGACCCUUCAGGGGGUACGCGGCCGUGUGGCAGUUCGCGGUGGCAACCUUCGAGGGCCUGCCACCGCUGGUGCGCGAGCUGGUGUUCCUCCUCGGCACCGCGACCUUCGCGGUGCCGGCGUUCGCCAUCUGCCUGCUGCUGCUGUACUACUACUGGGCGGUGGCGACCGCCAACCGGCACAUGGUGGCGGUGCUGAGGAGCCAGCUCGUGUUGGAGGGCCACGACAAGCAGUUCCUGCUGAACAGGCUGAGCGCGUUCAUCAGGCAGCACCAGAAGCGCUGCGAGAGGCGGAACCGCGCCGGUGAUGACGACUCCAUCCGUCAGGGCUCCAAG